UUAGUAAAUCUGCAUCGGUGAAUCCUAUAUAAAGGCUCAGGAUCAUCAUCAGUGCAUGUUACUCUUAUAAUUCCACUCGCGAAGCUUGGUAUAACAAAGCGUUCUCCCUAGUAGACGAUGUCAUUUCGUACAAUAAUUCUAUAAUAAAAUUAUUAUUUAAAAUAUUGUUCAUUCAACUUGUUAUCAUUAUCAUGAAGAAUCUCGAUAUCGCUAAAGGAAGUACGUUGGUACUGUGUUUGUUGAUUGGAAGUCUUCUCUGCAAUGCAGAUAAGUUAUCACCAGGUCAAAAAGCGCCUCCACAUGCUACCAAAUCUGGCGGAGGAUCAUUACAAGCUCCUCCUCCAGGUAGCCGUGCCGCUGACGUUGGUUCCAGGCCGGAUGUCGGCAGAAGUGGUGGUUCACGGCUUCCAGCACCUCCACCACAAGCUCAUAAAGAAGAUGGAGUAAUCAGGGAAGAAACUGAAGAUCUUAAAGAAGUUAAUGGCCAACUAGUACGUGUCGUCAAGGGUAAUUUUGGUUAUGAUAGUCCUGAGGGGCUUCCAAUCGCUGUCAAAUAUGAAGCAGAUGAAAAUGGCAACAGAGCAAGUUUCACCAUCGGGCAACCCGGAGGAGGAGGAGGUGGAGGUGGUAGACCUGAUGGAGGCAGUAGUGGUGGCAGACCUAGCGAAAAUGCUGGAGCUGGAGGUGGUGGCAAAGGUCGUCCAGGCUCUGGUGGCGGCAAACCUCCAGCAGGCGGCGGAGUAUCAUCCAGUUCCGACAAAACUUAUCUUCCUCCAAGUUAAUUUAUUUAAUAACGAUAAAUAUUUUCAACAACUAUUUACUUUAGAAGUGUCAAAAGUAGGUUUAAUGCAGUUUUUACUAGUUCAAUUAAUGCUUUGUUAGUAACUUGUUUAAUUUUAUUUUCUAAAUAAUUUAUACAUACAUCAAAUUCCG